CCUCUAUUCGCAUUCCGUCACAAACAGUGGGGCGAACCACACACACACACUCAACUCGCACUCGGACCGUGAUUGCGGAGUUUUUGUUUUUGCCAUUCGCUUUGAAAAAUUUUCGAUUAAAACUAUAAUUUUAAAUUAGCAAAUUGCUAAUCUAACAAAUUCCGUCUAAACGUGCAACGAAAUACGUAUAAUUGCAUCAAGUGGCUCGCUGGCUACCAAAAAUAAAUCAAAAACUCUCAAUAACUGGACAGCAACAAAUUGAAAUUGAAAAAUAGAAAUGAAAGUGGAAAUCGUGUGAUGUCAUGUCGACAACGACAACGACGACGGCAGCAGCAGCGACGUCGACCACCGUUCUGUUAAUUUAAACUUCCUGUCCUCUUCUGUCCACUUGUGUUUAAAGAGUGCCGCCCCCGUCCACGGUGCACAGUGUGUGCAGUAAAUGUGCAUUUAAAGAGCGAGAUCCUCUCGAGGUGUAAGUGAGGAACAUAGUGAACAUAAAAAAAGUAAAAGAAAAGCAAAAAGAAAAAGAAACGCAACGAAAAAGAUUCUUCAAUUUUCAUUCCACGGCCAGCUCCAAUGUGCCAGCAGUGAAUAGCAGCACAAAAGAGAAAAGGUGAAACGAGCCAAACUCACACAGGCAUAUACCCCACUCACAUACAUACGUAUACACUCAUAUUUAUUCGCACGCACACAGACGCGCUACACGCACCACGCUUGCGUGUGUAUGUGUGAGUGGAGUGAGUUUGUUUUACGGAGUGGGAAACGGAGAAACCGAAACAGCAGCAGCCGCAGCUGAAGAAGAAGCACUCAAGCAACGUCCGACAACAUAAACAACAACGACAACAACAGUAAAAAUAAAUAAAGGGAGCAUUUUUUCUAUAUUGAUUUCCCUCCAAAACAAAAAACAAGUAAACGAAGCAAAACAAAAACAGAAUUUAAAGAUAAUUCCGCCCAAGCAACAGGAGCACUUGCUACACACACACAUACAUAUAUACAGAGACUGUGAGUGUGUGUGGUACCGUCCUUAAAGCUCUGCAUACAGACACACACACGCACACACACAUUCCCUUCCUAUACACCUCCCCCCAAUCCCCCCAUCAUGUCCAGCGCCAGCGACGCCAACGAUGGCACUGCCCAACAACAACAGCAAACAGUGCUGGAACUUCGCAUGGAAGUGGAGCGUCUGACACGCGAACUCGAUCAAGUGUCCAGCGCCAGUGCACAAUCCGCUCAAUAUGGCUUAUCCCUGCUCGAGGAGAAGUCAGCGUUGGAGCAGAAAUGCGAGGAGCUGGAAACGCUCUACGACAACACACGACAUGAGCUGGACAUAACUCAGGAGGCUCUUACCAAAUUUCAAACCUCACAGAAGGUCACCAACAAGACGGGUAUAGAGCAGGAGGAGACGCUGCUUAAUGAGUCGGCCGCUCGUGAAACGUCGCUCAAUUUGCAGAUACUUGAUCUGGAGAACGAGAUCAAGCAGCUGCGCCAUGAGCUGGAACGUGUGCGCAAUGAGAGGGAUCGCAUGUUGCAGGAGAACUCCGAUAUUGGCCGGGACAAAAGCGACAAUGAGGCGGAGCGACUGCGUCUCAAAUCCGAGCUGAAAGAUUUGAAAUUUCGCGAGACGCGCAUGCUUAGCGAAUACUCGGAACUCGAGGAGGAGAACAUAUCGCUGCAAAAGCAAGUGUCUAGCUUGAGAAGCUCGCAGGUGGAAUUCGAAGGUGCCAAGCACGAGAUUCGCCGUCUGACCGAGGAGGUGGAGCUGCUGAAUCAACAGGUCGAUGAGCUGGCCAACCUCAAGAAGAUUGCCGAGAAGCAAAUGGAGGAGGCGCUGGAGGCACUGCAGGGCGAACGCGAGGCCAAGUACGCGCUGAAGAAGGAGCUGGACGGUCAUCUGAACCGCGAGUCCAUGUAUCACAUUAGCAAUCUGGCCUACAGCAUACGCAGCAACAUGGAGGACAACGCCAGCAACAAUUCGGAUGGCGAGGAGGAGAAUCUGGCACUGAAACGUCUCGAGGCAGACUUGAGCACUGAACUUAAGUCGCCGGAUGGCACAAAGUGUGAUUUGUUCUCGGAGAUCCAUCUGAAUGAGUUGAAGAAGCUAGAGAAACAGCUGGAGAGCAUCGAGAAUGAGAAAUCCCAUCUGACGACCAAUUUGCGGGAGGCCCAAACAAGUCUGGACAAGUCUCAAAACGAACUGCAGAACUUUAUGUCACGUCUGGCGUUGCUGGCCGCGCAUGUGGACUCGCUGGUGCAGCUGAAAAAACAGGUUGAGCUCAAGGAUCCCAAGGCAAACAGCACCGAUCAGGAGAAGGAUGAACAUUUGCAGCAACAGCUACGCGCAAUAAUCUCACAAUAUGCCAAUUGGUUUACGCUUUCCGCCAAGGAGAUUGAUGGCCUCAAGACUGACAUUGCCGAGCUGCAGAAGGGUCUCAACUACACGGAUGCCACGACCACGCUGCGCAACGAGGUGACCAAUCUGAAGAACAAACUGCUAACCACCGAACAAAAGUCCCUAGAUCUGCAGAGCGAUGUGCAAACGCUAACGCACAUCUCACAGAAUGCUGGCCAAAGUUUGGGCUCCGCACGCAGCACUUUGGUGGCACUCAGCGAUGAUCUGGCGCAGCUGUAUCAUCUCGUUUGCACGGUCAACGGAGAGACGCCCACGCGUGUUCUGCUGGAUCACAAGAGCGACGAUAUGAGCUUUGAGAAUGAUUCGCUGACUGCCAUUCAAUCGCAGUUCAAGUCUGAUGUUUUCAUUGCUCGCCCGCAAAUUGUGGAGGAUCUGCAGGGUCUGGCCGAUUCGGUGGAGAUCAAGAAGUAUGUGGACACGGUCAGUGAUCAGAUCAAGCAUCUCAAGACAGCUGUGGAGCACACCAUCGAUCUGAACAAGCACAAAGUGCGCGCCGAAGGUGGCGAGACUGUGGAGAAGGCCAACAGCGAGGAGCUGGAGGAACUGCAGGAACAGAUUGUCAAGCUUAAGAGCUUGCUGUCCGUGAAGCGCGAACAAAUUGGCACGCUGCGCAAUGUGCUCAAGUCAAACAAACAAACCGCCGAGGUGGCACUCACCAAUCUCAAGUCCAAGUACGAGAACGAGAAGAUCAUUGUCAGCGACACCAUGUCCAAGCUGCGCAACGAGCUGCGUCUGCUCAAAGAGGAUGCCGCCACCUUCUCAAGCUUGCGCGCAAUGUUCGCUGCACGCUGCGAGGAGUAUGUGACCCAGGUGGAUGAUCUGAAUCGCCAGCUGGAGGCUGCCGAGGAGGAGAAGAAAACGCUCAAUCAGCUGCUGCGUUUGGCAGUGCAGCAGAAGCUGGCGCUCACACAACGUCUGGAGGAGAUGGAAAUGGAUCGCGAGAUGCGUCAUGUGCGCCGUCCGAUGCCACCGCAGCGCGGCACCAGUGGCAAAUCCUCGUUCAGCACACGUCCAUCGAGCAGAAACCCGGCGAGCAGCAAUGCGAAUCCCUUCUAACAUAAAAUCAGCGUGCAGCGUAAGCUUUUGGCUUUAGUUUAUACUUUGCUUAAGUUGUAAAUUCGUUGAAAACGUUGGACAGUUGGAACGACAGUCACGGAAGGAAGGACCACCUCCUCUCCCUCCCGCCCUAGCAAGCACCUCGUCCCCGAAAACUGGAAAUGGAAUACUGCAAAUGUAUUUUUGUAUUUUGUGAACGAAGCUAUAGCUAUCUUUCUAUCUAACGUAUCUAUCUAAUUGAUUCCUAUCCUAUGAUGAUGAUAACUAUUUGUAUCUGUUUCUAUUUGUAUUUAUUGAGAGUUUAGUUAGACGAAAAGUUUUGUGUUAGGCGAAUCACGCAACAAAAGGUUAUUAACGGUUAGUUACUUAAACGUCCAAUUAAUUUAAUUAAAAUUAUACAUUUACAACAUUAUAACAAACAUGAAUAAUUGUAUUUUUCUAUAUACACACACAUAAAAAAACAAACAAACAACAAUGAGAAAAAUGUAUUCAAACGAAAAUGUAAUGUAUUUAAUGUCUUACGUUUGAUUUAAGUUUUGAGUUUUGUUAAAAAACUUUCGCGUUCUGUUAACAACGCUGUGCGCAAGCGAAACUGAUGAAAACAUAAAACAAACAUUUGAUGUUGAGAUGAAAUGAUGCAUAAAUGCAUCAAUAUUGAUAUUGAUAUUGGCAAUGGAAACCAUGUAUUAAUUGGCCUGAUAAACUGAUAAAAAGAAACUAUAUAGUACUUUAAACGAGUAUUUUCACGAUCUGUGUACGUAAAAUGAAGAAGAACAAGAAAACUUUGUUAAGGGCAGCACCAAAAGAAAACCCACUACGAAUGGAGUUUUUAGUCUGACCCAAAAUGUAAAUUAUACAAAACAUAUACAAUAUACAAAUAUAUGUAUGUGGAGAGCAACUAUUGUGCUAUGUGUAGCAAUGGUCUGCGUCUUAAAGACGGCUCGGGCCGCCUUCGGAUUGAAAUUAUAGUAAAUUAAUUAUUGUUUGCAAUUGAAAACAGAUGAAAGAAACAGAAAAAACUUAGUUUUUUUUUAAUUGUUUUGCUUGAACAGCAGAAAUAGCGUUUAAUUUGUGCAUUAUUAUUUAAUUUAAUUAAAACAAAACAAAUAAAAAAAUAAAUAAACACUAAUACUAAGAGAUUAUUGUUAGCAACAAUUGUUUUUGAUUUGAUUUAAAUCCUGCAUUCAUAAUUUAUUUAUGACGAUGGUUAAACAAGUUGUUCUUAUGAUUUGCCUAGGAAUACAGCCUUACAAAUAGAAUAUUCUAUUAUGACUAACCAGCAGCUUAACCAACAUAAAAUAGCAAUAAUGAGAAGCGUUAAUGUUUAAACGAAUAUUAUUAUCAUUAUUAUGAUUACGAUUAUUAUUAUAGUAGCUAAUUAAACACACUCAAGUAGCGAGCACGUUUUAAUCCAAAAAAAUAUCAAAGAAACUCCAGAAAAGAAUCGUAUGUAGCUGUUUUACACUAUCCAACAAAAUGUGUUUUUCGCUUCAAUUUUGAGUUUCAUUUCAAAUGGGAAAAGAUCAACUUGAAUAUUGCAAAUUGAAAUAUACAAGUAACGUAUAUUGUGUAAAUUUACCGAGCCAUUAAAUUGAAUUUAUAUUUAAGACAACACACACUAACACACUCACAAUCUUUACACCCAAACACAUACACUCAUACAUCGUCCACUCACUUUAAAGCAGAGAAUAACCUAUAGUAAUUAUUUAUGAGAGAAGUUGUAAAGAGGAGAGGUGCAAACAUAACAUAAAACUCGUACAUAGUAUUUCACAAUGAUUUUAUUGUAAUUUUACCGUCCCUUUUUGCAAAAACGAAUUAGAACAAAGUCUAUUUAUGCAACAGCACGAAACAAUACAACCUUAAGUUACAUGUCCAAGCAUUACAUACUUUACAAUCCAUUCAACAUUCAUACUACAUCCAUUUGAUGAUAAAUGCAUCGAUCGACCCAACAAAGCCAAAAUAUUUGAUAGCCAACAAACAAAAAAAGAAAAAAAACAAAAACAAGAAAAACAUAUGAAUAACUCAAGAAAAUAUUUCAAUUAACAAAAUAAUAGUUUUCUAUUCACAACAAACAAAUAACA